AUGGAUAGAUUUACAUUUUUAGACGUACUACGCAUCAUUGGCGGUCUACUCUUUUUCAAUGCUCUACUAUCGUACUGGUUCACGUCGGAUCCGACCUGGGGCUACCAUGGAAAAUACUUGAAUUGGAGGUUUUACCUCCACCAAUUACACGGAGAACAAACUUUAACAUUACAGCAAUUGUCACAGUAUGACGGGUCCCAUGGAUCGAUAUUCUUAGCUAUCAAUGGCAGUGUAUUUGAUGUAAGUUCGAACCGUGCAGUUUAUGGACCUGGUGGUGGAUAUCACCAACUUGUUGGGAAAGAUGCAGCAAGAGUUUAUGUUACCGGAUGUUUCCUGAAACCGGAUGAGUACACCCACGACCUAAGAGGAUUGGAUCCCGAGGAGUGUGAAAAGGACAUUACUGGAUGGCAGAGAUUUUUCCAUAACCACAAGAAUUAUUGGUAUGUUGGGCAGGUAAAGUUGGAUUACGAUUUCCAGGGAGAGCCACCCGAGCCAUGCAAACACGUGAAAUUCCCACUGUCGUAA